CCCUUUAUGAUUUAUAUAUUGUAUAUAGAGACGAUGCACGCAAAGCAAGGGAGCUCUUGCUGAAGCUUUGAAUGUCUCUUGGUAUCCGAAUCAUUCGUUAUAUGUAUCUAUAUUUACUUCUCGCGAAGAUACUCAUGCCAGUUAUUCGUUAAUUACCUUUUUUUUUUUCGCUGUAUCUAUAACCAUGGUGUCGUUUAUGAAGCUCCUGGCGGCUUCGGCGCAUGUUGCCUCUAUUGUAGCACUUGCUUUGGAGAAGCGCGGAUCGAGCAUUAUCGUUGGUUACAGAUCCGUCUCCGCACUCCAAGCUAAACUAUACCACGAAGCCGGCGAUACUCUUUCAUACAACCCCGAUAAAGUAGGUCGUAGCUCCGAGCAGCUGGGGGCUGGUGCUUAUAUAAGCCCCAUUCGUGGAGAUUGGCCUAUGUCGGAUAGCUUCUGGGACUGCGUUAUUUUCGCUGACUCCAGCGCCUGGAAUCUGGUCAAUAAGGCAUGGGUACCUGAGACUGCGGAUGAUGGCUGCACGCCGCUAUGGUAUGAUUUGGGAAAACCAAACCGGGACGCCUACCUGAAAGAAAUAGGCGGCCCGGGGUUUACAACAGCGAAUACGGUACUGCUGAGUCAGAUCCAUCAGUUUGAGAAACUGCAGAUACUGAUUCCAUCAACGUUAAUGGGCAAAAGUGGUGGUUUGGGCAUAGAGGUCCAGUGCGCUGCAAAAAAGAAUGAGGAAGGGAUCAAACAGAUGCCAAGCGCAUACAUUGACUGGUAUAGCUGGGUCAACGUAAAAGGCACACCGCAACAUGUAAAUGCGCCGCAAUAUGGCAGUUCCUAGGUGCGGGAAGGAGAAAUUGAGUGCGAAGGACGGCGAGAUUAUUGUCUAUGAUGCCAUAGGAUAUAGAUAGAAGGCUUAUGAAACCGAAAAUAGUUGCAGUCGUGCAUUGUUGUCUCUUAGUGAUAAAACGUGCUUCGUAGGUAAGAUCUCAACCUGGAGCAUCCCAUUAACGGCGUUGCGACCCUUCGUCUCAUGCGUAUCCGAGAGGUUUCGUUUGCCUAAACUUAAGCCCAGUGUAGGCAACAUUCGCUAAUUCGGUUUGUUCUUGAAGGGUUACGAUUGUGCUCUGGUAUGAAGAUUGAAGAAUGGAUACCAAUCCACCUAGGAUAUAAGAUUGUGCUUACCAGCAGGAAACAUUGUGGCUUGCUGAUGAUGUC